AUGGUAAAGAUUUUGGAAUCAAAAGAGGAAAUUUAUUAUGCUACCCAGAAUGAAUCACAUACAAUAAUCUAUUUCUCCAGUAACAUUGAGUGUCCUAAUCCUUUGAAUGAUAAAGAGUAUGAAAAUUUGCAAUUAUUAUACCCUGAAUUUUAUUUUUAUAAGGUAGAAGUAGAAAGUUUUAAGAAUUGGCAAGAUUAUGCAAUGAAAAACAAAAUAAUAGCAUUGCCAAUGUUUUCAUACUAUACAAAUGAAUAUCAAUUUGCAUCCUAUUAUGCUUUCAGUCCUCUCAAUAAAAUUCUCCUCGACACACUAGUUGGGUUUGAUGAAGAAACUGAUGACGAUUUUAGUAUAGAUCUUGAAAGUGAAGUGGAAGAUAUGUCUGAGGGUGAUUGUGAUGGUCUUUUGAAAGAUAUUUCUAAAUAUAUUAACGACACUUUUGUCAAUUAA